AUGUCACGAUAUGAAUUUGAUGAUGACAAUGAUGAUGAUAAUGAUGACCUUUUUGAAGAUGCUUUAGAUUCAACUCCGGUACCUAAUAUCCUACAGCAACAACUCAAGCCUGAAGAAGAGGAGGAUGACGAAGACGAUGACGAAGAGGAGGAUGACGAAGACGAUGAGGACGAAGACGAUGAAGAAGAGGAAGACGAUGAUGAAGAAGAUGAGGAAGAAGAUCAAGGUCAUCGAACCGCUCAAAAAACACGUCCCCAGCCUUUUGGAACUUCAGUUGGCUAUAAAACUCGACCAUUACAAAACAUGGCUAUGAAUACCGAAAUAGAAGAAGAGUCAGACGAAGACGAAGAUGAUGAAAAAAGUACUUCAACCCAAUUAAAUGUUUCCCAACAAUUUCAACAAUCAUCGUAUUACAAUUCAUCAAAAAAAACAGUUCCUAGCUCCGAAGCUUCAGUGAACGGCCAAGUAGCUGAUAAACGUGUUAGAUUUUCAACUGGAACAAGCGGAGUUACGGUGAGCAAUAAUGACGAUGAUGAAGUAGAAAGUGUUGAAGAUGAUGACGAAGAUGAAGAAAUACAACCUCAACAAUCUAUAUAUCCAUUUCCUUCUUCCGGUAAAACAAAACCUGGAAACAAAGCAACACCUUCUAAACGACCUGCACCAACAACAGAAGUUUCCCGAAUCCAGGAAAAAGCAGAAAUAGUUGAUGAAAAAAACAAUCUACUUGAGACUGAUGACGGGCUUAUACAUCCAGCAAAAAAGAUAAAACCUGAAUCACAAAUAGAAGAAACGUCAUUGGCACCAAACGACAUAGUCGAACAUACAUCAAAUCACAAACUAAAGGAAGAAGAUGACAUCAAUAUUUUUCAUUCCGAAAGCCAUACUACCGUAAAUGAAUUAGAAUCUAAUGAUUUCGAAACUGGUAAUGAUGAAGAAAAGGGGAAACCAGAAGAAAGUCCUAUACAAGAUCAACAAUACCGAUCACCGUCUCCACCAAAAUUUGUCAGCUUUAAGAUGAGAUAUCCUAUUACAAUGUCUGAUGCAAUAAGGAAUUGUACAACUUAUGAUAUUGUUCCAUAUGUUGCAGCUAUUCAUGCGUGUCCUGUACACUGUGUUGACUUUUCUUGGGGAUUAAAAUGGAUGUUUACUGGAGGUGAAGAUGGCUUCAUAAGAAGAUACAAUUUUUUUGAUUCUGUUAAUGGAAAGCUUCCUUUGACUGUGGCACAAAAACACCCAUUUGUUGAUAGCAUUACUAAAUCAGCAGUAAUUGUAUCUUAUUGGGAAAACGAGCAACCAGUUACACGAAAAGAAGCCAAAUUUGGUAAAGAUGGCUUUUAUGAGCCAAAAGUUUCUCCAGUAUAUGCAUUAGCAGUUCAAUCUGAAUCAAUAUGGAUGCUUGCAGGCCUAAAAUCUGGGGGUAUUACUCUUCAAAGUGUUCGACAAAGCGAAGGUGAAAUUCAAGCUUAUUAUGAUAAACAUAAAAAUGCUGUUUCAGUCUUAAAACUUGAUGAUGAUGAACGUACAGCUUUAAGUGGCUCAUGGGACAAAACCGUGAUUGAAUGGGAUUUGGAAACAUGCAAACCCACAAGAACAUUUUUGGGUUCAUCAGGCCAAAUUAGUAGCAUAGAUUGGCAGCCUUUGGGUGGGUCGCUGAUACCAAGAGAAAUGGCAGAAGCAUCAUUAACACAAAGAACCACUAAUAUCAAGAAAGAAACAAAGAAUGAUAGUGAUGACGAAAUGGAUGAUGACGACGAUGAUAAAUCUCUUGGUUCAUUGUUUGGAGAUGAUGAUGAAGAUGGUGAUGUCGAGAUGGAAGAUAAUGAAGAAGAAAAAGAAGAUAAUGAACCCAUUUCAAAACAACCACCUCCAGAAACUAAAAAUAGGCACAGCCGCUCUGUGUUUUUGACUUCAUCAAUGGAUGGAAACAUUGAUAUAUGGGAUCGGCGACAAGAAAAACGGGUUGCCAGAAUCCAUGUUACUGACGGCGUUCCUCCCUGGGCCACUAGUGCUUGCUGGUCUACUGAUGGCGAUAGAAUCUACGUUGGUCGUCGUAAUAGUUGUGUUGAAGAAUAUCAUAUAGCAUCCAGCCUGACUCCAAGCCGAACAUUUAGAUUUCCUUCAAUUUCCGGGGCUGUCACUGCACUAACACCUAUGCCAUCUGGACGACAUUUACUCUGUGGUUCUUACGACAAUAUUCGCCUUUAUGAUCUUUAUUCUAGUAUUGAAGGAGAUAUGCCAGGACUAAGCUCUCUAAAUGAUGACCUGAAAGUCGGUGGUAUUGCUAAGGCUGCAACACCAUUUUACAUUAUUCCGGGUCACCAUGGUGGUGUUGUUUCAAGCAUAUAUGUUGAUCCUAGCUGUCAGUACAUGGUAACGACUAGCGGAGACCGGGGAUGGUCUGGAUCAUCGACAGAUGUUGCGUUGAUUUACGACAUUUCAGGAAUUCCGUGA